AACUUGUUUUCAUUCCGAUCCUCUAUACGACCUGUCAGUCUCGACUAUCUUUCCAGAUCUUACAGUACAGAGAGAAUUUUACUUUACCGCACGGUGAUCGACACGUUACAACCGCGUGAGACCGUAAUUCGAUGCUGUUCUUUAUUCCUGCGAUGCGUUGCUGUGUCUGGGAUUCCUGAUGACGUCACAGCCUAGCGAGGCACAGCGGAGGCUGAGGAGAACCUGUAUCUCCCACUACCGUCCUUGCCACUGCCACUGAUACCACUCCGUUUCCGCUGCGAAUCGCGGUGCCCGCCUCGUUUCCUUGGCGGCACUCAUCUCGACCGCGACGUUUCCCAGCGUUCGUCAACGUACGUAGACACGUCACGCGACGCAGAGGACCCUCGUUGUACAACGGAAUUCGCCGAGCGAGGUUCUUGCAACGUUGCAGUUUAAUCGUCUUGCAGGCAAAAUGAGUUACGGUUACCAAGGGCCGCCUGUUCAGUUUCCGGGACGAGCACAUCCACCAACGUCGUUUGGGGCUCCACCUGGUGCACCUUCUGCCCCUGGUGCUCCGUCUUAUCCCUCAAUGGGCUUCUCAAACGCACCGCCAACAUCUUUCGGCAUGCCUCAACCAUACUCGCAUACGUCAGCCCCUUAUCCUACCCAUCCCGCACAUCCUGUCCCUGGCGCUGCACCAGCGCAACCCAAUAUGCCAUAUCCCACGCAGCAAGCGCCAUAUCCUCCGCAACAAACGACUUACCCUCCACAACAAACGACGUAUCCCCCUCAGUCUAUGCCCACAUCGCCUUAUCCGCCUAAUGCACAGCCUCAUCAACCUGCACUAUCCCCUUAUUCGCAACAACAGAAUUACAAUAUGUAUCCUGACCUCCAAAAAGCACCAGAAGCUAGAGAAUGUUUUAGUAGCAUGGCUCCUUCCCCCUAUCCUUCCGGACCAAACGCGUAUGCAACUAAUUCACCUUCACACCAAGGCGGAAGCUAUCACGGGGGGCAGGGGGUAAGCUCUACAUUUCCUUAUGCUGCUAAUCUACCCAUCGCUGCUCCACGUGGCGCUUCUCCGGCCCCCCGGAGAGAUCGUUUUACGCCUAAGACUUCUCCCACGGUUGUGCCUUACGAUGGCUUUGACGCGAGAGCAGAUGCGGAAGCUUUGAGGAAAGCUAUGAAAGGAUUCGGCACCGACGAGAAAGCCAUUAUUCAUGUUCUUGCCAAUCGCAGCAACCUGCAGCGUCAAGAAAUCGCUUCUCAAUUCAAGACUCUUUAUGGAAAAGAUCUGAUAAAGGACCUAAAAUCGGAGUUGUCAGGAAACUUCGAGAAACUUGUUCUUGCAUUGAUGAUGCCACUACCUCAAUAUUAUGCUAAAGAGCUUCACGAUGCGAUGUCUGGUCUCGGUACUGAUGAGACUGUACUCAUCGAAGUGUUGUGCACCAUGUCCAAUCAUGAAAUUUCUAUCAUUAAACAGGCGUACCAAACGAUGUACGGAAGAACGUUGGAGGAUGAUUUAAUCUCUGACACAUCUGGCAACUUCAAACGCUUGAUGGUGUCGUUGUGCUGCGCCAACAGAGAUGAAACAUUCAAUGUGGAUAAUGCAGCUGCGAUGGAAGAUGCCAGGCAACUUUUGCAAGCCGGGGAGCUCCGCUUUGGUACGGAUGAGUCUACCUUCAACGCGAUCCUCGUCCAAAGAAACAUGGCGCAGUUGCGACAGAUAUUCCAGGAGUAUCACAACAUAACAGGCCACGAUAUUGAGAAUGCAAUUGAAAAUGAGUUUUCGGGUGACAUUAAGAAGGGUCUCCUUGCGAUCGUGAAAUGUGUCAAGAAUAGAGCGGCUUUCUUUGCCGAACAACUGUACAAAAGCAUGAAAGGUCUUGGCACCGACGACAGCCGCCUUAUUCGCCUGGUCGUGACGCGCUGUGAGAUAGAUAUGGGCGAGAUAAAGAAUGGGUUUAUGCACCAGUACGGAAAAUCGUUGGAAGAUUUCAUAUCCGGUGACUGUUCAGGGCAUUACAAGAAGUGCUUAUUGGCACUAGUUUCCUAAAGUAUUCGCUAACAAUGAAACACAUGCUUCACUGCAUUUAUCGUCCAUCUUCUCAAUGUGUCCACAUAUGACGUCCAAUUUUCGCUUUAAGAAUUCUUCUACCAAUUAUGCGAUAAUAAUAUAACGUUUUGCAGCAAAUUAAUGUUUAUAUGUAAGCUUAUGCAAACAAACAUAUAUAUACAAAAUAUAUAAUUCACUAUAAUCUAUCAGUGAUUUCAUAAAAGCUGUGCCGAGUACAGGACAGAUUCACUGGCCAUGUUACCAAAUAGUUAGAAGUUCAAGCAUCUUUUAACGGCUAUCCAUCAUUUCAUAAAAAUAGAUAGACGAAACAAAUAAUAUUAUAAAAGCAUUAUAUAAAAAAAUACAAAAGUAUUCAAUAUUUUAGUUUUACAAAAUCAUAAAUGAACGUAUAUAAUUUUAAUUUUCUAUUAUACAUUUGUCAUACCUAGUGUACAUAAUGGGAUCAAUGGUGAUUUUAUAAAAACUUGACACACGUUUAUUAUAAAAUAUAGAUCUAUUACUUAUUAUUAGUUAUGUAACUCUGAUUUAUAUGAACGUUCCUAUAAAAAAACGCUUCUGUACAAGGUAGUAUAGAAAAUAAGGUUUUCUUUUCAAAGUGCCAAUGCGCAUAUGCAUUUUAUAGUAAAUCAAAAUGUUUAAAAAGAAUCUCAUUGAAAAAUUGAUUGUUGUAACUUCCUGCGGCCUCAUGUGCAAUGAGUCUUCGUGGCAUUAAUAUAAUAAACAUGAAAGUAUAUCUAGUAUUAAGUAUUUGUGGAGAUGUGAAAAUGUUUUUUAAAGUGAUACAGAAGUGAUAUAGAGAGAUAUAAGAAUAUAAUACAGAUAUUUUUGCAUUAUAUAAUAAACGCAUAAAAUCUUCCGUUGAUUAUAUAUAAAGAGAAAAAAUGAUUCUAUAUAUUUAUAUUUUCUAUGUUUAUAAAAUGGUGCCUUCACAUUAUAGUUACAUCUCCAUGAAUUAUUUUAUCUUGAAAUGUAUAUUUGCUGUAUAUUUACAUAAAUAAAAAUUUGAUG